AUGGCUUCUUCCAAAACCUCCCUAGCCCUCUUCCUCUCUAUAAACCUCCUCUUCUUCGGCCUUGUCUCGGCUUGCGGCUCUUGCCCUAAGCCACCCAAGCCCAAACCACCACCACCACGGCCGCGUCCAGUUCCAUGCCCCCCUCCCCCUUGCCCCACCCCGCCGGCCACAUGCCCGAGGGACACUCUAAAGUUGGGGGUGUGCAUGGACUUGCUUGGAUUGGUUGAUCUAGUGGUCGCCGAUCCUACCACCACAAAGUGUUGCGCGCUCAUCCAGGGCAUGGCUGACCUCGAGGCUGCGGUCUGUCUCUGCACUGCUAUUAAGGCUAACAUUCUUGGGAUCAAACUUAAUGUUCCAAUCUCCUUUACCAUGCUUCUCAACGUCUGCCAGAAGGAACUGCCCCCUGGCUUCAGCUGUUCCUAAAUUAAUUUGAUGAUC